UAAGAAGAAAUGGACUGCUCAAAUUAAACUCAAACAAACUCGGCCAAAAAUGAUUAAUUGGGAUCACGAAUAACGAAUGCAAAUUAAUUUUAAGUCUCUAGGGUGAAACCAGAUGGAAAUUAAUACAUUGAGAUGUUUCCACUACUUUUCUGGGAACAGUUAUGUCAAGCUCCAUGAGCAGACCAGAAGGAAAGGAAGAAGAUGAUGAACUUGAAGCCCCUGUCCAGCAACGGUCAAAAGAAGAAGAAGGAGGGAAGAUGCGACACAACGUUUUAACACGAGGAAGAAAGAAGCAAGAAGGAAACGACAACAUACAGAAUUAGUAGUGUACAGCUUUACCGUUUUACUUGUUAUUAGUUGUAGCUAAUAGUAGACCGACACUUGUCUCGUUUUUUAUAGACAAGGGAGUUAGAAUUCGUUUUGUCCUGUAGUUCUGUUUUUCCUGUGCAUAAACAUGCAGCAAGGCUGCGAAUGAGAUCAGAAAAUCAUUCCACAAUUUCUGUCUUUUUACAAUUAUUCUCAUGGUAUCAGAGCAGCUGGUUUACCUCUUUUAGGGUUUCGUGACCUUGUCGACGUUCAUCAAUGGCGGGCGCUCAGGAAGACAAUACAUCAUCAACCACACAAGCAGCUGCUACAGUUGCAUCUACUCAACAAACUCAAUGCCAAGCUGUUGAUCCUUACUACAUUAAUCCAAAUGAAAACCUGUCUCAAGGUAUCAUCUCUGUCAAACUCGAUGGCACUAACUACCAUGCAUCGAGCAGAUCCAUGCGUAUAGCUCUCAAAACCAAGAAGAAACUUGGGUUUAUAAAUGACACUUUACCUAUGCCUCAACCAACUGAUGAUGAUUAUGAGAUCUGGGAUCAGAGUAACACUAAUGUCAUGGGCUGGAUUCUAAAUUCGCUCAUAGACCCCAUUGCCAAAGCUGUAAUGGAUAAUGAAACUGCUCAGGAUUUAUGGAAAGAUCUGCAGGAAAGGUAUGGAGAAGCAUAUUAGAUCGGGUUAGCUCAUGUUAAAGGACUAAUAUCGUCCUGUAAGCAAGGGAACAACACUAUCACUAAGUACUACAACAAAUUGGGAGUACUUUGGACAGAAUACAUGUAAUUUAAAUCAAUCCCAACAUGUGAAUGUGCAAAUACUCCUCAUACUAUGACUUGUGUGACUUAUGUUGCUGUCAAAGAAUCACAAGAGCAGGAUCACACUAUUGACUUCAUCAUUGGCCUGAAUGAUACAUUUGAAAUGACCAAGAACCAACUCUUGAUGAUGGAUCCAGCUCCCAACCUCAAAGUUGCGUAUAAAUAUGCACUGAAACUGGAGAGACAGAUGGCUAAGCAACCAACUAAGGAAGCUACUGGAGUGGAUUCAGUAGCAUUAGCAGCAAUGAAUCAAGAAAGGAACAGAGACUAGAGAAGUGUAUACCCAAAAGGAGGAAGACAGAAUUCCUAUCAAGGGAACUAUUCAAACAAAUUUCAAAAAGGGAGCAGUGAAUCAAGUGGAGGAAGCCAACAAAAUCUGUUUUGCAACUAAUACAAGAAAACCAAUCAUGUCAUAGCAGAUUGCUGGAGACUGAAGAGAAAGAGAGGAGAACCAGCAGGACCAAAUUAUGCUGCAACAGCCACUUCUAGUGGUGUUCAUGAUCAAGGAAGCGCAAAUUACUAGCAGGAACUGUGCAGGACAACAGAAAUCAGAGUACUACUACUCUGCAACUUACUGCUGAAGAUUGCAACAGACUUAUGAUGCUGCUACAACAAAAUGCUGGGACUCCA